AGAACAUGAACCUGAAAGUCAUUCUCGCUCUUAUGAUUGUCAUCGACAUCAGCCAGUUGCUAUGGGAACCCCAGACUCACCUUGCCAGGAAACAAAGCAGCAUCAUCAUAUGUCCCUUAGGCUAUAUAGAGACACCACAAGUGCUCGUCCAUGCGAUCUAAAUACCUCAUCCCCUAAACAUAGUAACCACCAUCGCCCCUUAAGUAGUCAUAUUCCCGAACAGGAAGUGACAUCAUACAGGCGUCAUCAAAGGCAACAGGAAGAUCGCCAUCUAGCCAUGCAGCAAGUAGCAGAGUGGAUUGAGAAGGAACAUGUCAUUGGCACAGAAGAGAAAGUGGUGCCAUCUAAUGUUGUGGUUCAGUGUCAUGAGCACCACCACAUUCACGAACACCAUCACCACCAUCAUUAUCACCACUACUACGAGACCUAAACCAAUAAUAAUACUUUAAAUUCAACAUGGAUUGAUUAUUUACUGAAGUGUAUGAACUGGGAUGUCACAUUCAGAGAAUAAUGUUGUGCCUUCGUGAGACUUAAAUUUCCUGCAAACCACAAAAUAUGUACUACUACUCUACUACUAUGUACUCUACUGUAUUAGGGAUGUAAAUGGUCAAAUAGUUAUGCAUCUGUGUACAAUAAAGGAUGCAAAUGGUCAAAUAGUAAUAAGUUUCAUGAAAAAAAACAUAUUAUUGUAACCUGCCUGGUGUUUAAGCCACACAACAAGAUGUAUAUCAGGAUGUGAAUGGUGCUGUUGAGAUGAGAGUUGAUAUUAUACAGUAUACAUACUACUUUUUAAGAUAUACAUAACAAUGCAACAAUAUCUUAAAUAUUGUGAGAUAUAACUUUUAUUUUAUGACUUUAUAUCAACUGAAAAGUGAU